GACAAAUACAACAGAUAAUAUGCAAUGGCGCCACCCAAGAAGGAGAAAUUACCAACGAUGAGAGAACUACAGGAUCUACUCGCUGCAUUGGAUGCUGGAGGGGACUUAUCCAUUGGCGGCACUGAUAGAGAGUCUGGAAACUUGGAUGAUCUCUAUAAAGACUCUUAUUUUCAUGCGAUCCUUCACAGAACCAUCAAGCUGGAGUCGAUCCUAGUCUCAACCUCGCCUCCAAUCUCAUCGCUAUCCUUGGAAACCGAGGUGCCUCAAAGCAGCAUCAACUGCAAUAGUACAACUGAGUCAUUACCGUUAUCAUCAUCGUCAACAGUACCGGCGCCAGCAACGCAGGGCUUUCCAAAGGGUACAUCUCAUCAAUUUGAUGUUUUGACCCUUCCAGAGGAAUGCUCUUGGGGCGACGACCAUGAAUCUCUUGCUCAAAGAUUGCUUAUCCGCCCUGGCUAUGCCACUGUCCUUACUGCGCUUUUGUCGGCACCAUCGACACCAUUGCCAGGAGCAGAAAAGACACUCGAUACACAAUCCAUCUUUUUGGCUACAGGUUCUCCUGGGAUUGGAAAAUCAUGCCUAGCUUAUUAUCUAUUCUAUAAGCUAUUUGAAGCUGGUCAUGAUGUUGUGAUCAGCGACUCCCUUUUCACAAACGCCUUUGUGGAUAGGACGUAUUAUUCAUGCUAUUCACCGCAUCUGGAAAGACAUCCCGCUAUCUUACAGGCCAUCACCGCAUCAUCAAUAACAGCAGCAGCAACAACAGCAAAAGCACCCAAAGAGAAGCGUACAUGGUGGAUAUGUGACGACGGAUUCUUACCAGUGAAAGGAACGAAAUGUAAUGUCCUCGUUACAUGUACUACGGCGCAAACAGGUCAAUAUAUCAAUACCAUUCGCAGGAAGAAUAAGCUGCCGAUGCCGGUUCAGUUUCAGAUCUCAAAGUGGACAAUAGAUGAGAUUAAAGCUGGUUUAAUCGUAUCAUUGGCAAGUACUCUCCCACAUUCUAGUGCUGAGCCAACAAUCCCAAAGGAACAAGAGGCAGUAUUAGAAACCCUCUGCAAAGAAUAUAAAGGUUGUCCAAGGUCGAUCUUUGCCUGGGUCAUGGAAAAUUGGACGGAUGGAGUGACACCACAGUCAGAGAAUACAACAGAAAGGACAAAGACAAAAAGAAAGACUAAAAAGCGAGCAUGAAAGAGAGGAUGAGAAAGUGCUGUUACAAUUAAUUAUUAUUCACCAAUUUAUUAUAAUUUGAGGUUACCAAAAUAAAAAAAAUAUGCUG